CACCAGCCAACAAUCCUCUCCUCCACCCCCCUCACUUUCGCUCUCCUUAAAAAAUACUCCAGGUUUUGCUACUCUUUGCCAUGGCAUGCACUCUUUCUUUUCGGCGAAGGCUCCUUGCACCUUUCCUGGCCGUGCUUCUUACUGUCGGCCUGAUUAUCGGGUACAGAGCCCAUGUGCUUCCCCAGGAAAGAGUGGUCAUUAGCCCCCCUUCAAUACCCUUCAGGACCCCCAUCCCGGAUCCAAAGCCCGCUGUGGAGAUUUUCCCUGACGCUGUCAACGGUCGGUUUCCACAAAUCCACGUUGUCAAUCAACCUCCGAAAUUUCAUCACCCUACUCCACUUUUCAUCGGAUUCACUAGAAAUUGGCCUAUUUUACAGCAGUCUGUCGUUAGCUAUAUAACUGCUGGAUGGCCCCCUGUCGAUAUCUAUGUUGUGGAUAAUACCGGCACGAUGGACUCUAACGAGCUAGGGCUGUUGACCCUGCAAAAUCCUUUCUUCGUCGAUUAUCCGAGGUUGAGGGCGCUAGGAGUUAAUAUAAUCACCGCUCCUACUUUGCUUUCCUUUGCUCAGUUGCAAAAUUUCUUUCUCUACACCGCUAUCCGGAAGAAAUGGGCGCACUAUUACUGGAGUCAUAUGGAUUCUGCAGUCCUUUCUCAUGAGGAACAACAACCAUACAGGAGCCUUUACCAGAGGAUUAUCGAGAACUGGAAUUCCAUGAACAAGACGGAGAAGUGGGCAAUCAGGUUCUUUGCGUACGAUCAUUUGGCUUUGGUCAAUGUGGCUGCUUAUAAGGAUAUUGGGGGUUGGGAUACACAAAUCCCCUUCUAUAUCACAGAUUGCGAUUUCCAUGCAAGGCUGCACAUGAAGAAUUACACUACAACUGACGAGAAUGUUGGGCAUAUUUUCGAUGUAGGGGGGACUGUACCCGAUCUCUCGGUCUUCUAUCCCGAGACACCAAGCGAGCCUCUGAACAGUGAGAGAUUCAAGCAUCUACAUAAACUGCUCGAAGAUAUUCAGCGUUCGAAGAGCGAAGCAAAAUACGGUCGCAACCUUUGGCAAUCGGAGCAACGUGGUGGAAAAGGUGAACCCUUCUAUCGGAACCCAGUAGGCUUCGAAAAAGCCAUGAGGCACUGGAUUAGGACUGGCCGGACGGUUUUUGCGGAAAAGUGGGGCCACCGUGAUUGUGACAUAUGGGAAAUUGGGAAAGAAAUCGACAAGGCUUGGGAGUAUAAGAAAGACUGGUGGAUCUAAUUGCUAAUGCAUUCAAUGACUCCAAUGGGGGUGAGCGGUGAAUGGGCGAAUAGGGUAGGUUUCGAUUCGGAGGUGCGAGAGGGCUAUUAAAGGAUGUUUGACUAUUCUAGAGAGUGGCUCAAAUUCACGCUUCUAUAGCAUUAAGUAUCAUAGAUAGAUGAGAAAGCAGAAAGCAGGGUUCGCCACAA